GCUACUUACAUUUGGGGAGAGAGAGAGAGAGAGAGAGAGAGAGAGAGAGAGAGAGAGAGAGAAGAUGAGUGUAGAAGUGUUAGAUGGCGCCACCAUCCGUGCAUUUGUGGAGGACGAGCUUGCCUUCAAUGUCUCCGUCAACAACCAUUUCGCAAGCCUCGACAUAGACCACGACGGUCUCCUAUCCUACAAAGAGAUGAUGAAAGAGCUAAAGAGUCUUAGGGUCCUAGAGACCCACUUCGGCAUUGACUUUGUGGAGUCGAGUCCUGAUGAGAUUGCACUCAUCUACCGUUCCCUCUUCCUCCAGUUCGAUCACGACCACAAUGGGACCGUGGACUUGGAAGAGUUCCGGGCAGAGACCAAAGAGAUGAUGCUUGCUAUGGCGAAUGGGUUAGGAUUCUUGCCUGUUCAGAUGGUGUUGGAAGAGGAUAGCUUCCUCAAGAAAGCCGUUGAAUGGGAAUCUAACAUGGUCGCUGCUUAAGUCAAAACUAGUGUUGAACGCUUUUACUUCAGGGAAUUCCAUUUUUGUUUUCAAUUUUUAAUUUUUCAGAAUAUGUAUCCAUUUCAAUCUAUGCUUUGAGAAAUAAGUGUUGGGUUGCUCGAGGGCUUAUCCA